GCCAACAUGGCGGCCGACGCAGCGGAGAAUGACUAUUUUGUGAGAGAAAUAGAGAAAAAUGACGGCUGCGCGUUAAGAGUGAAGCAGUGCUACUUAGGAGACGUUGGCUGUGUCGUUUGGGACGCAGCCAUCGUCCUGGCUAAAUAUUUAGAGACCAAACAGUUUUAUGAUCCGUCCUCAGGGGUGAACGUGUGGGCUGGCAGCAGAGUUGUGGAGUUGGGAGCUGGGACAGGAGCUGUGGGUCUGAUGGCAGCAACACUGGGAGCUCGAGUCACUGUGACAGACUUGGAGGAUUUGCAGACCCUCCUGAGGGUGAACAUUCAGGAAAACCAGGCACUUAUCACCACUGGAUCAGUUACUGCCAAGGUACUGAAAUGGGGUGAAGAUGUGUCUGACUUCCAGCCUCCCCCACAGUAUGUCCUGAUGGCCGAUUGCAUCUAUUAUGAGCAGUCUAUCGUUCCACUGGUGGAGAGCUUAAAGCUGCUCUCUGGACCAGAGACCUGCAUUAUUUGCUGCUAUGAGCAGCGCACAGAGGGCGUCAACCCAAAAGUGGAAAGGCGUUUUUUUGAGUUGCUGCAACAAAACUUCAACUGUGAGGAGAUCCCUUCAGACAAGCAAGACCCAGAGUUUAGUAGUCCGGACAUCCACAUCCUACACAUUCGGAGGAAAGUCUGAGUUUGUGCACACUGCAUUCACUGUUCCACCCUAUUGCAACAUGGAAAUCAGAUUUAAAGCCUACUGGCAUGUGUAUAAUAUUCAGUGUAUCUUUAUUGACACACUCUUUUUAAAAAUAUAUUUUUUAAGUAAAUGUAUCACUAAACACUGUUCUGUUACAGUGACCAGAGUAAACAAAACACGACUUUAAAUGUGAAACCAUUGUGAUAUUUAUAAUACAGUAUAAACCAAUUUAAGAUCGCAUGAGCAGUGUCACUGGUCUGUGUAAUUUUAGGCUUGCAAAGGUAGAUGGCAGACACCUGCAUGCACAGACAUGACAGGCUCUGCUUAUCUUUCUUUUUUUUUAAUGAGUUGUUUAAGCUGAAGGGGGUCAUGAAUAGACCAGUAGAGGACUGUACCAUUAUUUGUGAUGUUCAUAUGGAUGUUUGAGCUUUUGUUCUGCACGUUUGAUCGUUUUUUUAAAAAUGCAAAACACUGAAAAUCCAGAGUUUACUGCUCAGUAAAUUACAGGAAACUACAAACAUGAGACAUGGUGUAUUUUGCUCUUGAGCACUGCACUUUUCUCUCUGUGCAUAAUUAAACACACAUUGCUGUGUGCUGUGUUUAUGAUAGCACACACUGUCACAUGUGAGAUUGAAAUUGUUAACCCUCCCCCAGAAAUGAGAAGCCACUAAUAGCCAUUAAUUGCUGCCAGAGUGGUUUUCAUCGUUCACUUCUCAUUUUGAACGUUGCAUGUAAAUUCAGUUGUUGCCCAUUUGGAGCACUAGGGGGCAGUAGUUGCCUAAAGCCCCCCAAAAGUAUUUUAACUGUGUAAAUGUUUAGUCUGUGUAAUAAAACUGUAACUAGAUUAUCCAUA